UUCUACACAGUAUACACACAGCUCCGCUCCAAAACCCCCAAAACGUUGUUUUUUUGGUUGCUCUAGAACCCUCUUCGGUCGCCCUUAAACUCCACGAGGGUUUUUCCAGUCUCUUGCAACUUUCACUUUCUCUAGGGCUUUCGUUUAGGUUUGGCUUCAAUGGCUCCAGCUCUUAGCAGAAGCCUAACAGCUGCCUCUAUGGUCUCUCUACCUUCUUCAACACCUUUCUCACUGAAACACUCCAACAGGGCCUUCAAUCUUAGAAGCGCUUUUCUGCCGCAAAGCAGCCUCAGGAAUGGAUUAUGUCCGGGUGGACUCAAAUGGAAAUUCGAUAAGCGAAAUGACAGAUUUACUGUCAGGUCCGACACGGCUGUGGCUCAGAAAGAGGCCGCCGAUACUUCCGGUGAAAAGUUCGAGUAUCAAGCCGAGGUUAGUCGCCUAAUGGAUUUGAUAGUUCACAGUUUAUACAGCCAUAAGGAGGUGUUCCUUCGGGAGCUUGUAAGCAAUGCAAGUGAUGCGUUGGAUAAGUUGAGAUUCUUGAGUGUGACUGAGCCUUCUCUUCUUGGAGAUGCUGGCGAGCUAGAGAUACGCAUCAAGCCUGAUCCAGACAAUGGGACCAUCACUGUAACUGAUACUGGCAUUGGCAUGACAAAGGAAGAGCUCAUCGACUGUCUUGGAACUAUUGCCCAGAGUGGUACUUCAAAAUUUUUGAAGGCUCUUAAGGAAAAUAAGGAUGUUGGUGCAGACAAUGGCUUGAUCGGUCAAUUUGGUGUUGGGUUCUACUCUGCUUUUCUUGUCUCAGAGAAGGUUGUCGUCUCUACAAAAAGCCCACGAUCUGAUAAGCAGUUUGUUUGGGAAGCGGCAGCUGAUAGCAGCUCUUAUGUAAUUAGGGAAGAAACUGAUCCUGAAAAGAUCCUACGUCGUGGCACGCAAAUCACCCUUUAUCUUAGGGAGGACGACAAGUAUGAAUUUUCAGAACCAACAAGAAUCCAGAAUUUGGUGAAGAAUUACUCGCAGUUUGUUUCUUUCCCCAUCUAUACAUGGCAAGAAAAAACAAGAACGGUGGAGGUGGAAGAGGAGGAAGAACCGAAAGAAGGAGAAGGGAAGGAAGAGGGUGAGAAGAAGAAGAAGAAGACAACUAAAACAGAAAAGUAUUGGGACUGGGAACUGGCCAAUGAAACAAAACCCAUCUGGAUGCGGAUUCCCAAGGAAGUUGAAAAAGAAGAGUACCAGGAGUUUUACAAGAAGACAUUCAAUGAAUUCUUGGAUCCACUUGCGUACACACAUUUCACCACUGAGGGGGAGGUGGAAUUUAGGAGUGUCCUCUAUGUUCCUGGAAUGGGUCCUCUUAACAAUGAGGAUGUUGUGAAUCCAAAAACGAAGAAUAUACGGCUGUAUGUGAAGCGGAUAUUUAUCUCAGAUGAUUUUGAUGGUGAGCUGUUUCCACGAUACUUGAGCUUUGUAAAGGGCGUGGUGGACUCAAAUGAUCUUCCUCUUAAUGUUUCUCGAGAGAUUCUUCAAGAAAGUCGAAUUGUGAGAAUUAUGCGGAAGAGGCUUGUCAGGAAAACAUUUGACAUGAUUCAAGAGAUCUCAGAAAACGAGAAUAAAGAGGAUUACAAAAAAUUCUGGGAGAACUUCGGCAGGUUUGUAAAAUUAGGAUGUGUUGAAGACUCUGGAAAUCACAAGCGCAUAGCACCACUGUUGCGGUUUUGUACUUCCAAAAGCGAAGAGGAGCUUAUUAGUUUAGACGAUUACGUGGAAAAUAUGGGUGAGAACCAAAAGGCUAUCUAUUACCUAGCAACAGACAGCUUGAAGAGUGCCAAGACUGCUCCAUUCUUGGAGAAAUUGGUCCAGAAAGAUAUUGAGGUCCUGUAUCUAAUUGAUCCUAUCGAUGAAGUUGCCAUCCAGAAUCUGCAGACAUACAAAGAGAAAAAAUUUGUUGAUAUCAGCAAGGAAGAUCUUGAACUUGGUGACGAGGAUGAGGUCAAAGAACGGGAGACUAAGCAAGAAUACAAUCUUCUCUGCGAUUGGAUAAAGCAGCAGCUUGGUGACAAGGUGGCUAAAGUUCAAGUUUCUAAACGUCUAAGCUCAUCACCCUGUGUGCUUGUUUCUGGCAAGUUUGGAUGGUCUGCAAAUAUGGAGAGGCUGAUGAAAGCACAGGCUCUUGGAGAUACUUCAAGUUUGGAGUUCAUGAGAGGAAGGAGAAUAUUGGAGAUAAAUCCAGAUCAUCCCAUCAUCAAAGACUUAAAUGCUGCCUGUAGAAAUGCUCCAGACAGCAGUGAUGCCAAGAGAGCUAUCGAACUUUUAUACGACACUGCAUUAAUCUCCAGCGGAUUCUCGCCUGAUAGCCCAGCUGAGUUGGGUGGCAAGAUAUAUGAGAUGAUGGCCAUGGCACUUGGAGGUAGAUGGGGCAGAACGGAGGGUGAUGAGGCUGAGGCGCAGGAAGAUACUGCUGCUACAGAGGCUGAUGCAAGUGCCUCAGAAGGCGCAGAGGCAGAAGUAAUCGAACCAUCAGAAGUUCGCGCAGAGAGUGAUCCAUGGCAAGAUUAACCAUCUCUUAACCUAUUAGGAAGCUUUUGGAAGCUUUUAGGAAGCUUUUAUUCUUCCUGGAACAAAAUGCAUGAACGGAGAAAGGAGCAGGAAACGAGGAUCGAUCAGCCAGAGAGCAGGAUACAAUCAACAUGAUUGGAGAAACAAAGCAGUGCUACUGCUGAUGAUGAUGUAAAAUCUUGUCGUUUGGCAUUUGUUCUUGAGCAAUUUAUCAGAACCCAGUUAUCGAAUUUGUAGAAUGUUUUGAAAUAUGCCCACAUAAUGUUUUCUAUUUUACUGAUUAUAGAUGAUUGGUUGUGGAACCACCUCAUUUCAGUCUAAA